AUGAUGUUCAUGAAGCAGGCAGCGCGCGCAUUGGCGCUGCUAUUCGCCGUGUCGAUGGUGGUGCGUGCAGCUGAGUUCGAGGAGGAGGACGACGUGCUUGUGCUGACAGAGAGCAACUUCGCCGAGGCUGUCUCGGGCCACGACACACUGUUGGUUGAAUUCUACGCACCUUGGUGCGGCCACUGCCAGAAGCUGGCGCCUGAGUACUCGGUGGCGGCUAAGAACCUCAAGGAGCUAGACCCGCCCAUCCGUCUCGCUAAGGUGGACGCCACGGCCGAGAGCAAGUUGGCUGAGCAGUUCGCCAUCCGUGGCUUCCCGACGCUCAAGUUCUUCAAGGGUGACGUUGAGGCCGUCAAGGACUACGAUGGUGGCCGAACGUCGGCUGAGAUUGAGAAGUGGGUGGUCAAGAAGUCGGGCCCUGCUGUCAAGAUCGUUGAGACCGCUGAGGAGCUCGAGAAGAUCAAGGAAGCCAACGACGUGGUCGUGUUUACCGUGAUCGACGCCGAGGAGGGCGAGGCCCGCACUAUGCUCGAGAAGCUCGCGGAUACCGAUGAUCUGGCUGUGUACGUGGCCUCCACCAGCGCUGACGUGACGCAGGAUGCCGCUGCCGUGAACAAGGUGGUGCUGUACAAGAAGUUCGACGAGGGCAAGGUCGUGUACGACGGUGAGUUCGAGAAGGAGUCGCUGGGCGAGUUCGUCAAGGGCAACAGCCUUCCGCUCGUCAUCACGUUCUCGCAGGAGAAGGCCCCGAUGAUCUUCGGUGGUGAAAUGACUGAGCACGUGCUGGCCUUCGUGGACACGAGCAAGGACUACGUGUCGGACAUCGAGGCUGCUCUCAAGGCUCCGGCCAAGGCCAACAAGGGCAAGCUGCUGCACGUCAUCAUGCCCAGCACGGAGAAGCGCAUCGUGGACUACUUCGGUCUCAAGGAUGAGGAGAUGCCUGCUAUCAUGCUCGUCAACAUGGCUGGCUCCAUGAAGAAGUACGGAUUCGACUACAAGGCUGAUGACUUUGUCGCUAAGAUCGAGGAGAGUCUCGCCGAUGACCUCGUUGCCUUUGAGAAGAACUACUUCGAUGGAAAGUUGACGCCUCUGCUCAAGUCUGCCGACCCUGAGGACGACAGUGACGAGGCUGUUAAGGUCAUUGUGGGCACGGAGUUCGAGAAGCGUGUGAUCGACAACGAGAAGGACGUACUGCUCGAGUUCUACGCCCCGUGGUGCGGCCACUGCAAGGCUCUGGCCCCCAAGUACGAGGAACUGGCCGAGAAGUUCGCUGACGUGGACAGCAUCAUGAUUGCCAAGAUGGACGCCACGGCCAACGAGAUCGACCACGCCGGUGUGGAUGUGCGCGGCUUCCCGACGAUCCUCUUCUUCCCUGCCAAGGACAAACAGAACCCGGUCGUGUACGAGGGCUCGCGCGACGUGGAAGGCUUCACGGAGUUCCUGAAGACCAACGCUCAGAAGUUCGAGCUGGACGGCUCGGAGCACGGCGCGGAGCAAGAGGAAGACGAGGACGAGGUGGAGCAGGAGGAGAAGAAGGACGCAAAGGCCGAGCACGAGGAGCUGUAG